ACUCGCGACCUGACGCCGCAGCAGCAAGCAUGUCCCGCUUCGUCGGACGACUUCUCUCAACCCUUUCCGCACGGGCGACCGUCGUCAAAUCGGCGGCGAUCCCGAGGAGAUUCCCGGUGUUCAUCCGCCCCGUGGCCACGUCUCAAGCAGGGUUGCAGUCUCUCACACGUUAUGAUGAGAACAAAGACUGGCAGAAGAAACUCACCCCAGAACAGUAUGUAGUCACCAGAGAGAGAGGAACAGAGGAGCCGUUCAGUGGAAUCUACCUGAAUCAUUACGAAGUGGGGAUGUACCACUGUGUCUGCUGUGAUUCUCCACUUUUCAGUUCAGAGGCCAAGUAUGACUCUGGAACAGGCUGGCCAGCAUUCAAAGAGGCUCAUGGGACUUGGGAGCGAGAUGAGAGCCACGCCUCCAUCAUACGGCGCCCUGAUAACAGCCUCGGCAGUGCUGCGACGGAAGUCUUAUGUAAAAAUUGUGACGCUCAUCUAGGCCAUGUGUUUGAGGACGGACCGGAUCCAACUGGUCAGCGCUUCUGCAUCAACAGUGUGGCCCUCACGUUUAAACCCAGAGAAACCCUGAAAACAGAAAAAGAAGAAGAGCUGUGACGGACUGAUUCAAACCAUUUGAAAAAAAAACUAUUGUCAUUUGAAAUGUCGUAGCUGUUGACACAUGAGGAGCAGUGAAGAUCAGAGAAC